AUGGUGACUACUGUCUUUUCCCCUACCCUCUGCUUUAUGAUUUGUGAGUCUGGGAAGAUGCAUUCAUACAAGUCUUUACUUUCAUUGGGUGCUUGUCUCCUUGAUAUGAAAGCACUUCUCUGUUCAAUGGGCUCUUGGUUUCUGCACAGGAAUUCUUUUCUUUUUCUUUCUUUUUUCUUUCCUCUUCUCUCUUUUUUUCUUCUGCACUUCUUAUUAAUCAUCAGUUUGACCCACCACUUGCAUCUUUUUUCCUCUUCUCUCUCUUCUGUUUUUUAUCUCUCCUUAUUAAUCAUCAGUUUGACCCACCACUUGCAUCUUUUUUCCUCUUCUCUCUCUUCUGUUUUGUAUCUCUCCUUAUUAAUCAUCAGUUUGACCCACCACUUGCAUCUUUUUUCCUUUUCUCUCUCUCUUCUGUUUUUUUGCACACGAUUGGCCACACUUUGUGAUGAAAUUGUCAUCAAUUCUCGUGAUCCCUUAGAAUUUCAACCUGCAUCACUUGAGCUGGCAACCAUUACGAAGAAACUUGGUGAAACCAUUGGUCUUCAUAUUGUAUCUUACUAUGGCAUCCAUGUAAUUGGAGAUAUCAAAGACCUAUCACCUGCACAGCUCAGUGGGAAAAUUAUGAAGGGAGAUGAAGUUAUUCAAGUCAACAAUCAAACUGUGGUUGGUUGGCAACUGAAAAAACUUGUGUCUAACGUGAAAGAGAAGCCAAAAGAAGUAGUCCUAUUGCUUAAAAAGCGUCCCCACCAUACUAACCCAUAUGGACACAUCCCAAACCGACGUAAGAUCUCAAACAAACAGCAGACUUCUACUUUACCAAAAUCCCUCAAGAAGCGUCGGUGUAGAGAAGAAGAGAAAACCUCACGCUCAUCAUUUCAGGAGUAUGUUUCGUCUAGUGUUGCCACGGAGCUUUUCUCUCCUAAAGAUGGGAAUGAGACAGACAAUGAGGUUUUCCGCAGUGGUUCUGAAUCCCCACAAUUCAAAAUUGAAGUAGAAUCCAAACCAAGACGUGCCACUGUCAGUGGUGGUUCCCCAACUCUUGCUCGUCCGUCUUUUGUUAUUGAAGAUCUUGACACCCCAACCAAGGAAUCUUCACCCACCAUAUCACCUGAUGAUAUGAGUGAAGAACUCAAAGACCAUGAUUGCAAAGAUGAAAAAGAGGAAUCACAUGACACUUUAUUGAUCAGAGAAGUCAAGUCUGAGAAGCCCCCAAAAUAUCGACAUUCAACAUCAGAUUUACCACCAAGUAAGUUCAAAGAUGUGACUGCAGAAAUUCCUUUGGAGAAUUUAAGCUGUACUAUUGUCACCUCUCAGGACAAGGAUCCCAUCCCUUCUGAAAUAAACCAGGGCAGCAAUAAUUACAGCAAUAAUAUUUGCUCAACACCUAGUACGCCUGUGAGCCAGGGUCGACAAAGUGAGUCAUCACCUCCACAAAGUACCAACCCCAGUUCAUCUAACAGCACUCCAACUGAAACCUCUUCUAUACUAGAAAGCUUUCACCGACCUCUUCGGGAAACAAAAUCCUACCAGAUUUCAGAUGAGAGCUCACCUAAACGGCGUGUGUUUGACUUCAAUCUCCGUAAACAUAGCCUCCCAGUUGAGUCACAGGGACAUGAAGAACUUGUAAUUGAUGCCAAUAGUCAGGAGCUGAUAAUCCGUAGUGCUGAUCUAACACGUCAUAAACGCAUUUAUAGCCUUCCUGUUGGACAGUCUGUUAUGCAAUCAAAUCUAAUUGGAUCAUCGGUGGAUCCUUUACCUCAGCAACUGUCUUCUGCUGACUCGGCUGUAUUUUUGCCUUCUGUACAUUCCAGUGACCACACUGAAAAUACGAGUCGGCAGUUUUGCCAGAGUAAAACUAAGGAAGAUUAUCCAACUUACCAUACACAUGUAACAUCUGAGCGUACCAGUAGAAGCAAUUCAGAAGUGGCCUCUGAUGACAAGAACACGCCCACACUUAUGAAAAUCACACGGCUAAAUUCAAUUGGAGGAAAGAUUGAUCUUAAAGAUGAAGCAAAAAAUGAAGAUAAAUCAUCAAAAUCAACUGUGAAAAGAGUUGACUUUGAUCCAAGCACUCGAGAAAAGCUUGAAGAACCAACAAGUUACGUCUGCACUGUAGUUGGAGGUGUAGCACAUAUGAUUCCAAUGGAUAAGAGUACAACAAUAGAAGUUGUAAGACGGAGACCUAAGAAGAGGAUUCCAGCUGACAGGCGAAUUUCAUGCAAAGAUUUGGGUAAAGGUGAUUGUGAAGGAUGGCUGUACAAGAAGAAACAAAGUGCUGGGCCUCUGGGGAAGAACUGGAAGAAACGAUGGUGUGUCUUGAAAGACAGUAACAUGUUCCAUUACAAGAGGAAUGAUGAUUUGAAAGCAGAAGGUGUUAUUCAUUUACCUGCCUUCAAAGUGUCUCCAGCUACAGAAAUGAAGUCUAAAAAAUUUGCAUUCAAAGUCCACAAUGCAGGAACAACUUUCUACUUUGCCUCUGAAAGGCAAGAUGAUAUGAGCAAAUGGAUGAAUAAAAUGGGUUUAGCAGCCAUUAGUUAUGAUAUGUCCAAUGUUAACCCCACAGCCGCUGGAGUUGUUAAACAAGAACCUGUAAAUCCAACACUUUUAAAUCAAACAGCUACUGAUUACUACAGUGAAAGUGAAGAUGAAAAUGAUGACAGUAACUUCACACACUAUGAUUUUCCUGACAAUCUUGAACUAAAGGAUUCUGACAGUAGCAAUGAUGACCUGAAAGAACUUUAUCGGCAAUUGGAGAAAAAAGACUUGACAAUUUGUGGAACAGAUCGAAAUCAGAGGAGGAGGAGUCAUAUUCAGUCAUCUGAUAUGAAAAUGUCAAUCUCAGAUAAACAUCUUGACAAAAAGAAGAGAAUUUGUCUGCUGAAAAGAAUGCUAAAGGACAAAGAAAUUGAACUCCAGUGUAUAGACAAUUUGUUAUGUAACAUUAGCUCAAGCCAAUUGCAAGAAUUUCGUGAAAUGUAUGGGUCUAUACAAUACCUCGGAUAA